AUGAAUUAAUCAGAAAAUGUGUUCUAAAGUGUUUCAACCAAAUCCAAAGAAUAUAAGGAAGAGUGCAGAUAACUAUUAGAACGAAUUGUGGCUCUAUAACUUAAAGUGUUUAAAGCUCCUGACCUAUAUGUGAAAGAAGUCUUAGGUGUUGUGGAACUUUAUAAACAAGUACAUUUUUAAUCCUAUCCUAUAGUAAUUUGAGUUAGUUAAAUAAAAUCCUGGUUAAAGUAAUGGUAAAUUUAGUAUAAUUGCUUAAUUUCUAUCAAAAGUGGCUGUAUAUUAUAAGACAGACUUAAAAUUUUAUAUUGAAGAUUUAAUGGAACUCAUUAAUCAUUUCUAAAAUACAUUGAAUUAAGGUUUAAGAAAAAAAAUCAUAUUUUGUUUGUUGAGAUUACGAGGAAAGAAUUUAAUUGAGCCUUUCCGAAUGAUUGUAUUUUUGAUGAAAUUGUUUAAUUGCUAAGAUAAGGAUUUAAGGAGAAUAAUCUUUAGAUUCAUUAUUAAAGACAUAAAAUAGUUUAAUAAGAAACAUCGAAAUGAAACAUUAAAUAAAUAAAUCUAAGUAUAGAUCUUUAAUAACUUAGAAUUUUAUAAUUGAUUUAAUUAAGAAAUCACAAGAAAAUAUAGCUAAAAGAGCAUUAUAAAUAAUGAUUGAGUUAUAUAGAAAAAAUAUUUGGAAAGACAAUAAAUGUGUAAAUAUUAUUGCUUAAGGUUGUUUUAAUUAAAAUUACAAAAUUAAAUUAUUGGCUUGUUAUUUUUUAAUAGAAACCACAGAGACUCAUGUUGAAAUUGAGUCUUCAGAGGAUGAAGCGGAUAAAUAUAUCUAGAAAAAAGGAAAAAAUAAAUGUGUUAAACCUACAAAGGCUAGAGAACAUAGAGUAGAAAGAGAAAAAAAAAUGGCAGAUAAGAAAUAACGAAAGAAAUUAUCAAGAUUGAAUAGCAAUGGAGGAUUUUUUGCUUUAGAUCAAAUAUACUCUCCCUAAGAUUUUGCUGAAAGAUUAUUUGAUAAUCUAAAAAAACAUGAUAGCGAAAGAUUCUCUGUUAAAUUAGCUAUGAUGCAUCUGAUAUCCAGAUUAAUUCAUAGGCAUAAAUUACUUUUAAUACCCUUUUAUACUUAUAUAUAAAAACAUUUAUAUCCAAAUAGUAAGGAUGUGGCAAAGUUAUUUGCUUACCUAGCUGAAUCUAUACAUGAUUAAAUUCCAAAGGAAGAUUUACAACCAACAAUAAGACAUUUAAUUGAUCAAUUUGUGAAUGAUAGAUGUUAAGAAUUAACCUUAACAAUGGGCUUAAGAGGAAUAUAUGAAAUAUUAUAAAAGCACCCAAAGAUUUUAGAUAAAGAAAACAUCACCUAUCUUAUUCAUUAUAUAAAAUAUAAAAAUAGAAAUGUCAGUUAAGCUGCAAGAUCUAUAUUGAAUCAUUUCAAAGAUACAAAUCCUUAAUUAUUAGAUAAAAGAUUAAGAGGUAAUAAAUGGAAGAGCACUGAAGAGUUGGAUGGUGAAUUUGAUGAUAAUUUUAUGUAAUAAAUAACCAUAGGUAUAGAUGGAGCAGAAUUAUUAUAAUAGGAGGAAGAAGAGAAAUUGAAUAAGAAAUUCGAUAUUCCUAUCUAUUGUGAUAGAAUAUUGACAGACGAAGAUUUUAAAAGAAUUAGAGCAUUGAAAAGAAAGUAAGAAGCUGAAAUCGAAUAAGCUAAACAAUAAGAAAAAUAAUAAAAAAAUGCAUAAAUUGAAUAAGAAGAAGAAGAUGAUGAAGAAUUUUUAGAUAAUGAUGAAGAUGAUAUUUCGGACAUUAGUGGAGAUAGUGGAGAAUUAGAUGAUAAUGAGAAUGAAAAUGAAGAAUGGGAAGAUGAAAGUAUAGAAGAUGAAGAUAUUGAAGAUGAUGAUAUUAAACCUGAUAGUAAAAUCACAAAAGAAUAAAAUAAAAAAAGGAGAUAAUCAUUAUCAGAUUUGGAAGAAGAUUCUGUUUAAGAAUAUUAUUCAGAUGAAAGUUAAAUGUCAGAUGAGAAUCCUCAUGGUUAUGUAAGAGAAGAAGAUAUAAUGAGAUAUAGAAAAACUAAAUCAGAAUAAAAACAUGAAAAGUUAGAAGAAUUGAAAAAUGGAACUAAAGAAAAAUGGUAAUAUAAUUAGUUAUAUUUAAAGGUAUCAAGGUCCUAACAAAAAGAAAUCAGAAUUUGCGUCAACCUCAAAUAAGGAAAAAUAAAAGAAUAAACCAUUACAAAUGAUGAGAGCUAAGAAAGUUGAGUAAAAGAAUAAGGAAUCAAGAAUUAAAAGCAAAAUUAAGGAUUUAAAAAAUAAGUUAGGGCAUGUUAGAAGUGGAAAAUAAGCUCAAAGGUUAAAGAAAUAGAAACUUAAAUGA